CUGUAUGAGAGAAAGCGUGAUUGCUGUGCUGUUAGUUACAGCACAGUAACAUCUCAGGGCUGGGUUCGUUCCUUUUUUCCUUUCUUUUUGACUGCACUGUGAUUUGGGGGCAGUGAUUCACUACAGCCUGGUUUUCCCUGUUUUCCAAUGAUCCGAUGAAAAAAAGACGGCAAAGCCAGGCUGUAACAUCUGUGUCGGAAGCAAAGAAAUGAAUUCCAAGCUGAGAGACAAGUCUGGUUUUUGGAGACAAAAAAAAAGGAAGACUAAUGGGUGGAAGCUUUAGGACUGUAUGUCCAUAAUUUUCAAUUCUCCUUACAGGAGAGAACCAAAAAAAUGCCUGGCACACCACUUUGUGGCUUUCAUCAGCUUGUUUAUGGGAUUAUACUAUUGUGAUAAAUAGCCUUAGUUUGUUAAUAAAUGGAAAUUUAGUAUGGCUGUUGCUUAUAGCACACAAGAUGCCAUAUGCAAUCAAAAGUGGGAAGAAAAGGGCUGUAAAAAGAGGAUGGAGAAAAUGGGGCAUAAAUUUAAGUCCAUCAGGAGAGAGUUGCAAAAGUAGAAAUAAUUGAGAACUCUUCGGAAUUGCAAAAAGCGUAAAAAGUGUGAACAAAAGAGUACUACAGACGCUGGAAUGAAAGGAAUGUUGAUGGGAGCAUUUUUAUAUUUUUGUAUGCAUGUUUAAUGGAGGAAGUCUGAAAGUAAAAUUAAAGGUGAAGAAGAGCCAUCACCACCUAUAGAAGAACCAUUACCACCGAAGAGAGUCAAGUGAAAAAAGAUAAACUGAGUGGUGGAUAUAUUUUUUCUGAUGAUCUCUAAGUAUUUUUAAGUCUUAGAUAAUGUGAUUCAAACGAAUUUCAUACUGUAUUGUCUGGACAGUAUGUUUGUUCUACUGCGACCAGUAGAACGAGAUAAUACUCUCAGUGUCUGUGUCCUGUAAACCGUGAGCUGCUGCCAUAGUAUGGGAUCCUGAACCCUUUUCCAUCCCUGGAGAAAUCCCAUUUUGACAGUCCCACGGGGAAGCAAUGAACUGUGGAAAGCAACAGGUGGAUGAAGAGGGAGCAGAACAGGAUGCUCAGCUGGACCAAGGAGGACACGUCCGCUCACGCCUCGUUUCUGUGAACCGCUGUUUGCCACACGCCCCAGAGGCGGUAAUAUAUCCUCCACAUUCAAAACUCACAGAUAAAGAGAAAACCAACAUUUGCUAUUUGUCUUUUCCAGAUUCUAAUUCAGGUUGUCUUGGGGACACACAGUUUUGUUUUAGAUUUCGACGGUCUCCUGGGAGGAAAGUCUCAUUGUGUUGUUUUCUGGACCAGCUGGACAGAGAUCUGCCCGUUUACUUAAAGAAAGAUCCAGCGUAUUACUAUGGCUACGUGUAUUUCAGACAAGUUCGAGACAAAUCAUUGAAAAGAGGCUAUUUCCAGAAGUCACUGGUCCUCAUCAGCAAGCUCCCUUACGUCCAUCUCUUUCGCACCAUGCUUAAGCAAAUAGCACCAGAAUAUUUUGAAAAAAGCGAAGCUUUCCUGGAAGCAGUUUGUAGCGAUGUUGAUCGUUGGCCAUCACCGAUUCCAGGGAAAAUACUGCAUUUGCCUAUUAUGGGUGUUAUAAUGAAGUUACGGAUUCCAACGUAUCGUGACAAGCCUGGAACAACACCAAUAGUCCAGAAUAUGCCCCAGGCAGAUGCUCAGAUCUCUAUGGCUUUGCCGACUGUUCAUGAAGUAGAUCUUUUCAGGUGUUUCUGUCCAGUGUUCUUUCACAUUCAGAUGCUUUGGGAGCUGGUACUGCUGGGAGAGCCGCUCGUCGUGAUGGCACCGUCACCAUCGGAAUCUUCAGAAACCGUGUUGGCGCUUGUCAGUUGUAUUUCACCGUUAAAGUACUGCAGUGAUUUCAGGCCAUACUUUACCAUACACGACAGCGAAUUCAAAGAAUACACGACUCGCACACAAGCCCCACCAUCUGUCAUUCUAGGGGUGACGAAUCCUUUUUUUGCUAAAACACUUCAGCACUGGCCUCACAUUAUCCGAAUUGGAGAUAUUAAACUGCCAGGUGAAGUUCCAAAGCAGGUGAAAGUGAAAAAACUGAAGAACCUAAAAACUUUGGACUCCAAACCUGGCGUUUACACAUCUUACAAGCCAUACUUGAACAAAGAUGAAGAGAUCGUCAAACAGUUACAGAAGGGUGUCCAACAGAAGCGUCCUACAGAGGCACAGAGCGUGAUUCUUCGACGGUACUUUUUGGAAUUGACAGAAAGUUUCAUUAUUCCAUUAGAGCGGUAUGUGGCAAGCCUAAUGCCUUUGCAAAAAUGCAUAUCACCGUGGAAGAGCCCCCCCCAGCUGAGGCAGUUCAGCCAAGAUGAGUUCAUGAAGACACUGGAAAAAGCAGGACCCCAGCUCACAUCGGGUUUAAAAGGAGACUGGAUAGGACUCUACAGGCACUUUUUGAAGUCGCCCAACUUCGAUGGUUGGUUUAGGAGCCGGCAGAAAGAAAUGACGCAGAAGUUGGAGGCCCUUCAUUUGGAAGCGCUCUGUAAUGAGAACUUGGUGUUCUGGAGUCAGAAGCAUAGUGAAGUAGAAACGGUGGAUCUCGUCUUAAAGUUGAAGAACAAGCUGUUGCAGGCUGACAGAGAACAGCUUCCCGUGAAAACCGACACGCUGAAGAAGCUGCGGGCGCACAUCAACGAUAUCAUACUGGCACUUCCCGAUGACUUACAGGACAUCUUGCUCAAAACCGGCACAACGUGAUUUCUGCUGGGCCUUUUUGUGCAGAAAACAAAAGGUAAAUACCAUUUCACGGAAGACAGCGGCUGUGCCAGCUUCAGAACACAGCUCAGCGUUGUAUAUUAACACUACAGGUGGACUGUCGCAAUAGUAUAGCCCGCUAUACUAUUUUCACUGUUUUUUCCACUGAAAUACCAAUGCAACUAAAGGAAUUCCUGUGUCUAAUCAUGUUGGAAACAAGUGCUCUUAAAGAAGAACCUGUGGGCAGUGAAGCUGUACCACAGUGUAGGACCACAGUGCAGUGCUGGCAUUGCAGAAUUUCCCAAUUGGUGCUGCUGUUCUCAGUCCUGAUAACUCAGGGGUAGCAAUAUUGAUCAGUACUGGCCUGGCCAUGUAGUAUCUGAUUGCUUUAUUUUGGUUUUUCCUUCAGUUUUUGUCUAGUGAUAGACCCAACUGGCAUUUUAUGUGACUUGGUCAGAAUACAUUAGAGUUGAGGUAUUUUACUGGUGAAUCAUUGCUUCCAAAAAACUGUUUCAGGGACAGCUGAAAUAAUCAGAUCGGUUCUUAACUUUCUUCCUUUUGCCUUCUUGACAUCUUCCAAACCCACGUUCAUUCAGCAUCUUUAAAGAAGAGAAGGCAGCUGACAAAAGUUUCCUGAAGUCUCCUCCAUUCAAAGUCAGUUGAUUAGGGUGCUCUCACUCCACAUGCCUUAAAUAUAAAGUACUUGUGUACUCAUCGGUGGGUUUAAACUGCUGACAUUCGGGAUUUAAAGUGGAUCCGUAGUGUAAAUGUAAGUAUGCAGUAUUCAUCCCAGGAAACACGCACAGUGGUGUUCUAGUAUGGCUUUUAAAAUCAGUGAUUUCAGUAGAAGUAGCUGAUAAACCGUCUGUUCCAGUGGGAGCUCAUAGCGGCCAGCUCCUGCUAGCAGUUCUUGACUUACACCAGUCGGGUGCUGGAGGAGGAGAUGGGGCUGGAGGGAGAAGGUGCUGCCUUCAGCUGCAAAAAAGCCUAUGGAAAGGUCAAACCGUUGCAAGAAAAGAUUGUAGCAUGAAGUUUUUCUCAGUAUAUGCAUACUCUCAGACGUGCAGAGAGUAAUUUCCUCUUGCAUAUUAAGCAAGAAGAAUGUGUCGUUUAUCUUCUUGAACAAGUUUCAGUGGUAUAUAUUCGUAAGAACUCAGCUGCUCCACGUGCAGUGUUGUUCUGCGACCAGCUUCAAGUAGAAUAAAGCGACUGCUAUGGUGUACGCACCGCCUCCACUUCUACGUGACAAGCGGAUCAUGGUUAUAAAAAAAUUCUGCUUUUAAGUGCUUGGAUAGAAUUUUUUAAAACUUAUGACAUAAUCCUGCUCUAAGAAUAUGCUUUUGUAUGAUAAAUAUUUCAUACCCUCUUUCUAAAAUCAUCUUAUUUAGAUAUAAAGUGUCAGAACGGUAUUUUUAAGAAAAUAUGUAUUUUAAUACUGUGAUGGUUUGUAUACAAUUACUCGUGACCAAACGUUUAAUGUAUCUAUUAUGUUACUCAAACUACACCACUUCAGCAUUAAUUUCUAACUUGCAAAUUCUUUUGCACACCCUGACAAAUAGCAUUUCUAAUCCAGACAUUAAUAAGUGGCCAUUCUUAUAGUAAAUUAUUUAACCUGGAGCACUGUGUAGUUUCUUGGAACCCUGUAAACUGGUAACAACUACGAUAACUAUCACAUGACUGCAAAUAUGUAUUUUUGUAAAAGAAAAUAAACGGUUUGAUUUUUA